GAUAUAUAUAUACACACACACCUUGUUUUCUUCCUUACAAGAACAGCACGAAGAAGAGGAGACGUAUGGGUAUGAAAGACCUCCAGUUCAGUGCAAUGGCGAUGAUCUGUGUGAUUUCUCAGAAGUUUAAUGUCUGUGCUGAAAUGGAAAUCUUGCAGAUCCUGUGAGUCUUCAAUCCCAAAGUGGCUGUUGGAGACCAUUAGUAAAGGAGCUUCAUUUGUUAGUUCGGACAGUUCCAGCUUUUGACGCUGCCCCUUGACCUCUGAAUAUAUCUGCACUAUGAGUAAGCCAAAGGGCAGAGAUGACACACCGAACAGUCUGUCCAAUCGAGAUGCCGUUGACUUGCCUGAUGAUGCCUCUUUGAGCGACUCUGAUCCUGAUGAGCCCUCCCAGCCCCUCACCAGAAAGGUUGAGGAAUUGUCUUCUUCCUCUGAAGAGGAAAAUGUUCAGCAUGGCAGUGAUGUACCUCAAGGAACUACCAUGUUCAAGUUGACCGGUGGGAGUUUUGGCUUCUCAUUCCGCAGCAAAAACAUCUUUGAUCAGCUGGAUGGUGCUCUGAAGUUUACUUCAAGUCAGCUGGCUGAAGACAACGUUGUCGAUGGUACAUUUGCUCGUCCUGCUCCGCCAUCACCCCCUAGGAAACUUCGAGAACCAGAGAGAACCAAGAAAGCUUCAUCAACCAAAACAGUACCAGACUACCUGCUUCACCCUGAGCGGUGGACACGGUAUGACCUGGAUGAUGUUCCUGAGACAAGUGACAGGAAAAACAGCCAAGUGGCUCAUGAAUUCAUACAGGGUCUCCAGAACCGUAGGAGAUCCCAAGAAGCUACUGCAAGUUCUUUUAGCCCAGCUUUCAACCAGGACCACAGCAGCAGCUCUGAGCACAAGAUUAUCUUCUCUAAGCCCAGCCAGUCCUCCAAAGAUGAAGGCCAGAAUGUGCACAAGGUGGACCAGGUAAAGACAAAAGAGGUUGGUUUAGUUCACUUGGAUGACGAACAGGAGGAAGAUGAAGAAGAAAAAGAAGGGGGGAAAAUGCCCUCUCUUCACCAGAACCUUUCGCUGGAUGGCAAGGAAAAGAAAAGAAAGUUGUUAGACGAAGGCAGUGAUGACGAAGAAGGAAAGGGGAGUAAUGUUACUUUCAGUAGCGGGAGAAAAGUGAACCGCAAGAACUUCCGCAAGGCAGUUCAGGAAGAGGACUAAAAACUUUUGAGUGCAUGCAUAUGCCCAAUCUUUAUCUCUUCUGUGAAAUAUAAUCAGCUCUUACCCUGUGAGAGCUCUAUAAUCCACUCUUACCCUUACUCUCUGUGAUUUGAUCAAGUAUUUUUAAUGUGUUGGUGGUAAAAGCAACAGUCAGUACCAGAGAUGAGAUUCUAUUACAUGUUUCUGCAUCUUUUGCAAUGUUUUUCAUUGUGUCUUUUUUAUUUUUUGUGUGUAAAACAGUAUUGUAAAGUAAAGAAUGGAUUACAAAAAAACAAAAACUUAGCUCAUCUAUAAACCAUUUUUAAUAAAUAAGUUGCUUUCA